AGGGUGCCUGCGAGCGUCUGGGCCGGCAGAACAGCAGGUAGCGUGCCCAAAGUGCAAGCCUAACGUGCCUUGGACGUAUGCACAGUGUGACGGUCGCAGGUCGCUGGGGCCAAUGGGCGUGCGCGAGCGCGUAGGGGGUUGCGGCGUCGUGGGAGGGGCAGGGAUUGCGUAGAUUUCGGGUGCCGCUGACCGCUUCAGGAGUCAAGUAUGAUGCGCAGUGUGAAUUUCGGUGACGAGUGUUUCUACCGCAGGCGCCUUCGCGCCUUUAAGCUGCCCAGGUGGAUGAGAGGGAGUGCCUCGCGGCGCGGACAUACGAGCGGUCCGGCCGGAAGGUGCCCAAGGACGAAGCCCCUCCUGACGUGGCCCAAGCGCUUCGUGCUUCGUGCUCUUACUCACUCCCCAAACCAGGGUCCUAUAACGCACGCAUGCACGACGACAGGCUCGUUUUUGCUCACCUCGCAGCUAUGGCCCGAAUCCCGGUGGACCCUGGAUGACACCUCAGUCUCUCGUCCGACUCUUCCGGUAAUAAUUAUUGCGUACGGCGGAGGCUGAGCGGCAGCUGGGAGCCGAGUGCGUCCUUCCCACUAACGCAGGCGCAGGCAGCGUACGAAAACGGUCAUCAUCAGGCUCGUUCCCCUCACU